AUGAUCGGAAGUAAAGUAUUUAAUACUGUUUUAAAACAACAACGAAUUAGUGUUAUUCGUAAAUUUAGUUCUCAAAUUAAUAUUGAAAAAUUAGAAGAGGAAUCUACUUUAAGUCCCAGUGAUUUUAUAAGUGAUGAAGCAAAAGCUAGAGAUGCUAUAAUCGAACAAAAACGAAACAAAUCUCGUCUUAGAGAACAGGAUAGAAGCAUAUUAAUGAAUAAAAAUCCUUACCCUGAGCCGUGCGCUUCCCAUCACGGUUCCUUGAAAUAUCUUAGACGUACCUAUGGACAUUAUGGAGAAGCUUCAGGAGUAAAUCCUUCUCUCUGUUGGCCUGUAAAAGAAGAAUUAGAUAGUUCAAAAGAAUACGAAAGCCUUAAGCAUCCAUAUACUAUACCAGAAAUGAUUGCCGAAGCAGCAAAGUUAAGGAAAGAGAAAGAAGAAAAGAUUGCUAUAAGACAGGAGGAAAUUGUUAAGAAAAUGCAAAAAUUAGAAGGAUGGAAACAGGAUUUAUUCAACAGAAUAGCCAAAAAGGAAGCUGAAGCAAGAUCAGUAAAGGUUAGUUUUCUUUAA